GAAUUGUUGAAGAGGAGGAUAUUCAUCUCGGACAUUCUUUUACUCGAACCGCGGUCGCUCGCUUAGCUAGUUCCCGCUGCAAGGCGGUCCGUGCGGACCACCGAACGUCGUGCCGGAGCACCCGAUGGCGCCGUCAGACUCCGACUACGACCCGUCGACACCACCUCCUGCGCCAGCCAAACGUACCAGGAAGCGAACAGUAAAGGCGCUUGACGCCCUGCAGCAGCUCCCAACAACGAGAGCAGUACCGGGUCGACCUAUACAGAUAGAGGGCAGAGCCACGGCAUUGCCGCUACCGCAGAACGAUGAACCAAAUAGCACGCAGCAACACCCAGCGCACUAUGAACUACCGCCAUUUCCUACCAGACACGUGUCGAUCUCCUCCGAACGAGCUCCUGAGGGAGCCAGCGCCGGGAUAGGGGAGCUGGCAGAACUCAUCGCGAGCCUAAAAGAGACGAUAGCACAGCAGAACAACAUCAUCGGGAACCAGAACAAGAUCAUCGAGGACAUUCGAAGCAACCGCGCAACGUUCCAGGCAGAGCAGCAGCAUCUCAAAGACCAGAUUGUAGAGCUCCAAGAAACCAUCGGCUCUCUUCGAGCGCAGCUCGACACCCUUUCGAUCGAACCGCCCGGACAACCAGCAAGAGCAGGCACAACACUUUCGCGAUCGACAAGCACAGGCUCAACAGACAAAGAGAACGUGAGACAGUUAGUAGCUACUACAGAGGCGGCUAAGCAAGCCAUCCAGCAAGGCAUAAAUAGGGUCGAAAGACUCGCGGGAACCACGGUUAAGGGGUUCCGCGUGUGGCGAGGAAACGAAGGCACAAGGGUGAUUAAGUUCUCGGUAGACAAGGACAAAGAGGCAGCGGUCCGACAGACAACGGCAGACUGGCUCGAGCCAGCUUUACCAGGCGCAAGGCUGGUAGGGCCCAAGUAG